CUGACUGGGAAAAUAUGACAGCCCUUCACAUUGCCUGCAAAUAUGGUGCAGUAGAAAAUGUUCAGAUGCUUAUAGAGCAUGGGAUUUGUCUGCAGCGAAGAGAUCGCUAUGGUAAGACGGCACUACAUUAUGCAGCUGCGAAUGAAACAAAAACAAAACUGUUGCUUAAAACCAAAGUGGAUGUAAAUGCAGCUGAUGGAACUGGUGAAACACCUCUUCAUAUAGCUGCAUCUUGCACCAGAACGUUCGGUGUAUGUGACAGCAUUGCUAUUUCCCAUCUGCUUGAAGCUGGGGCAGUACCUCAUAUACAGAAUCAAGAUGGUGACACUCCUCUCCAUAUUGUAUUGCGCCAAUCUUCGUAUUCAGAAGUUAAUAGUGACUGUUUUAAUGCUCUGUUGCGAUAUACAAGUAGUCACUAUAUAGAUACAGCAGGUAAACACCAAGAUACGCCACUACAUCUGGCAGUGAAACUUUCUACUGCCACUCCAGCUCUUCAGUUAAUAGAAAAGGGAGCAUGCGUUAAUUCUGUAAAUGCUGAUGGUAAUACACCUUUGAUGUGUUUAUUUCAGCAUGGAUCUAUGUACAGACGAAUAAGUGACAGAGAUAAUGAUCACACCCUCCAUAUCAUGGACGCAUUGUUAAAUAAAGGAUCACAAAUCAAUCAUGUCAAUACAGAAGGAAACACAGUUCUGCAUUUGUGUGCAUCACAUUGUGAUGUGAAAUAUGUUUCUGAAUUUCUCAAAAAGGGAGUCGAAGUUAAUAUACAAAACAAAGACGGUGAUACCCCUUUGCAUUUGUUGUUAAGAAGAAUGAAUUCACAGUAUUACAAACCCCACACAUCUAUGAUAGAAGACGUUGUGAAAAAGAAUGCUAAAAAAUAUGACAAACGUUAAUAUUCAAAACAAAAAUGGAUUGACAAUUUUUCAUUGUCUUUAUUACCAUUCAAGAAAGUAUGUCUUUAGACAAUUGUCUACAUGUGAUUGCAAUGAAUUUGACAUAGAAAAAACACUGACUGAUAUUAUGUUACAGAACAGUGUAGAUACUAGAACACUAGACUAUGAGGGAUGUUCUGUGUUGCAUUAUGCAUGCAUAACUGCUCGAGCACCAACAGUCAGAAAGCUAAUACUGACAGGAAUUUCUGUUAAUUACCAGAAUAUGUAUGGCGAGGCGGCAAUCCACUUAGCCGCUAGUGUAUCACCUUUCAGUACAAAUGUUGAUGUUCUCGUUGAACAUCAUGCCAGCGUCAACACUGUAGAUUACAAAGGAAACACGGCUGUUCACGCAGCAGUUGGGAAAUACAACACAAAAGGACUCAAGGCUCUGAUUCGAAACUCAGCAGAUAUCAAUAUCAGGAAUAAAGCUCUUUGCACACCUCUUCAUGAUACAUUACAAAGAUCCUUUGCUGGUAUUGAAAUACAUCCAAUGAAAACACUACUCAAGGCUGGCGCUGAUCCUUUCAUACGAAACAAAGAGGGUCUGACAUUUUUUGAGGCAGUACUUUCAGAAGGAAACUAUAUGGCACUUGAUGUUCUUCUUUCCGUUGAAGGGUCAUUUUUAACAAAAGUCAAACAAAACUUCCAUAUCCCGUUAAAAAGAUGGAAUAUUCUGAAAACUCUGUUAACAUGGGGUUUCAAUCCAAAUGCCCUAGAUGAUUCAGGAAAUGGCCCAUUGCACAUUGCAGCUUGUCAUUAUGACUACUACGACAGAGCUGUUCUUCUUUUGAAACACGAUGCAGAUCCUAACCUGCCAAACGAUUUUGGAGAUGCUCCUCUGCAUAUUGCAACAAACCGAAACCAUGGCAAGUUGGUAAAACUUCUUUUGUCAAAGGGUGCAGACUUUUACAAUGGCAACACUGAUAGCGAUACAGCCCUACACAUUUGUAAGGGGAAGGGAAAUUAUGAUUCUGCCACAGCUCUUUUGUUUUCUACAGACACGCCUUCAGUUAAAAACGCUAAACGAUACAGGCAGAAAUUCUUCACUAAAGUCAAUGCACGCUUUAAAAGGAAAACCACCAUACUGAGAAAGCGUCCCAAGCUAGAACCAAUUAAUGUUCUCCUUGAGCACAUUAAAACCAUUGAGGAUGCACCUGGUAUUGACCAACGGAAUAACGAUGGGGAUUCCCCUCUUCACUGUGCUGCAUACAAAGGAUGUUGUCAGAAGGUAGCUCUGCUUCUCAAAUACGGUGCAUCACUUUCAGAACCCAACGACCAUGAUCAUCUUCCACUGCACUGUGCUGCUAGAGGUGGUCAGUGGAAAACAAUUGAACUCAUGUUGAACUAUGGUUCUACAAUGGAUGUGGAUAUCCAAACUCAAGAUGGCUGUUCUCCGUUACACCUAAGUUGUGCUAAAGGUCAUGUAGUUACAGUGAAGAAACUUGUAGAGAAAGGAGCUGAUGUCAAUUUGGCCAAUGAAAACGGAGAUGGGCCAAUACACUGUGCAGCACAGUUUGGAAAGACAGCUGUUGUUGCGACGUUGUUGAGUAGUGGAGCAGACGUGAACAUGCAGAACAAUGAUGGCGAGACAGCUCUGCACCUGGCUGCUAAGUAUGUGAAGGUGAAGGUCGUGAAGCUUCUUCUUCAAAGAGGCACCGACCAGUCAGUGUGCAACAUCAGUGAUCUCACUGCAGAACAACUUGCAGCCAAUGUAUUCAGUGAUGUUUCCGACUUGAAAAAGAAAACAACACUGCUGCAAAUCCAACACGUGCUGUCUAAUGACAAGUAAUUCACGAAAUGAAGUGCUUUAUGCAUAAAAGGUUAUGCUAUUUUAAACAUUAGGAUAUAUUAUAUAAUAUAAUUGUUAUUUGGGAACUCUAUUAGUGUGGUUAAAUUAGGGUGUAUUAAAUAUAUCACUACCAUAUUUGGUACCAUUAGAAGCACAGUUUGACGUAGACUGAUUCACUAAGAGCCUCCUUUGUCAUCUUAUGGGCAUAAAAACGUUAUAACAUUUUAAUUAGAUGGGGACUAUUAAUCAAAUUUUUUUAAAUUCCCAAAAUGCUAGAUGAUCCUUUACUUGUUAGUGAUGGACACCCGUGGUGUGUUCUGGAGGACGAGUGCUCUCUGCCGCUCGCUACCAUUUCAGUAUUCAGCAAUAGUGGAGUUAUACUGUAUAUGGUCCUUAAUCUAUCUAUAGCGAGUACCCCCAAUUUGUAACUCUUCUGAAAAUAUAAUUUCCCACUAAAAUUCGACGUGUGAGAUAGCAAGCUCCUUUCAGCAAUAAUAUGGAUAUCUGAUGGCAUAAAAAAAUGAUUGAAUAAUACAAACAUACUUCCCACUGGAAAUCUUUCUUACAGUAGUUAAUAGUGUAGAUGUUUCCGACACCAACAUGAUACAUAUUCGCAAUACGGUUGUUGGUUUGAAUGUUGUAGCUUGGUGUUUUGUUACUAGAAUGUGGAUCUCUGACCAAAAUGACAGUAAUUUUACUGAACUUGUGCAUACUUUUUUAAUCUUUGGUGGAACGCUUGCACAUCUGUUUUCUUUCAGUGUUUUAAAUGAAGUGACGGACUUGACAGCUGUGGUGGCAAUACUCAUGACGGGUGUCACUGGUGGGGCAGGAUAUGCUCACCUUUCGCCAACACCUAAGAUUUGACAGUGAUUCAUGAGUACGUGUCAUUACAGCUAUACUUAGUCCAAAGAGUUCUGCCUUAUGCUAGUUUUGGUUUAGUAAACUAGUUUGGGAGUGGCAUUCCUCUUUCAGUAGUGCAGGAAGGAUUUGUUGUCCAAUAAAGGAUCUCCACGGUAGUGGCUAUCUUCCUAUAGACAAGGCAAUAGAUAGAGGUUUAAGGAGUCAGCCACUAUUUUGUCAAAUGCCGAUUCGACUCUGCACUGUGCAGAGAUAUGGUAUUGAUGUUAGUUUGUGUCUUCAAAUUAUAUUACCAAUAUCUGAACAUUGUAGACCCAUUGUAACAGUAUAUUUACCGACUUAAUUGUAUCAAUAUACAUGUAUAUUAAAAUAGUCGCGCUUCUUUUUGUAGCUAAAGAUUGACUGUAGCUAAGCCCAGUCAUUGAAAGGAAUGUUAGUUUAGCAACCUCCCAGUACUUUAUUGAAUCGGCGGCUGUUAGGAAGCUUCUAUAUUGUGACUGUAACAGUUAACGAAACGGAGACAAAAAAAGUUGCAUAUGUUUAGUUAAUGUUAAAGUUUCUUUUGUUUAACAACACCACUAGAGCACAUUGAUUUAUUAAUCAUCGGCUGUUGGAUGUCAAACAUUUGGUAAUUUCGACAUAUAGGCUUAGAGAGGAAACCCGCUACAUUUGUAUGCUACAUUCCAAAGACACAAUAGCACAUACCACGACCUUUGAUAUACCAUUCGUGGUGCACUGUCUGGAACGAUAAAUAGCCCAAUUAUGCCACCGAUGGGGAUGGGGGAUGGAGCACGGGGGCCAUGCCCCACAAUCAAACCUUUUAAUAUAUUUUGUUUAUAUAAAAUCAUACAUACAUACAUACAUACAUACAUACAUAGUGUGGGUUGCCCUCCCCCCAGUAUGGUGUGCCCCACCCCAAUAUAAAAUCAUGGCUACGCCAGUGGUCAUUUGUCCAUAGAUUAAGACUUAAGUCCAGGUUUUGUGAAUGCAGUAGCAUCAGUUACUAAUGUUUAUGUGAGUUACUUAAAUACCAGCCAGGUGUUUUGCGUCUCUCCUAAUAUCAGAAUCAGUGUUUAAAAACUCCAGACUAGAAUUUAACGUUUGAUAAGCAGGGGACCAUUAAGCCAAAUUGCGCAUAUUACACAUAUUACAAUGUACAAGCUUCAAGCGUGUAUAAUGUAGGUUACAAGUUGUAUAUAAACGUGUACUUCUGUUGGUGUUUAUACUUCAAGCGUGUAUAAUGUAAUUUGCAAGUUGUAUAUAAACGUGUACUUCUGUUGGUGUUUAUACUUCAAGCGUGUAUAAUGUAGGUUACAAGUUGUAUAUAAACGUGUACUUCUGUUGGUGUUUAUACUUCAAGCGUGUAUAAUGCAAUUUACAAGUUGUAUAUAAACGUGUACUUCUGUUGGUGUUUAUACUUCAAGCGUGUAUGAUGUAGGUUACAAGUUGUAUAUAAACGUGUACUUCUGUUGGUGUUUAUACUUCAAGCGUGUAUAAUGUAAUUACAAGUCGGUGUUUGCAUGGUAGGUAUAAUUGAUAUGAAAUGUGUAUCUAAACCAGAUAAUGCAAGGGACCUAUUCCACUGAGACAGGAUCUGGUGUUUAGAGCGUCGCGUUUUAGAAUAUAGAAAGUUAACACACACACACACGCACACACACACACACACACACACACACACAUACACACACACACACACGUACAUAUUUGAAGAAUCCUAAAUGCGAACUAAGCGAUACAUCAACUUGUGUUUUUUUAAUAGAACUGCUGACUUUGCAAACGUGAGGAACAUAUGACGUAUAGUUUGUACUUAAGUCACAAACAGGCUAAAUACAAUACGUCAUAUGUGUCGUUAUAUAUGAAUAUAUUAUAAAUCGAGAAUGGUAAACUCCCUGAUCUGUUGACUACCUUGGAGGAUAAAUAUUACACUUAGUGAUUACAGAUGAAUAUUGUAUGUGCUGUCAAUUAUAUAUUUGACCUCUAUAUAAAGGCCACCUGCUUUAUAAAGAGUAUUUGUAUGUCGUUUGAAUAGUCGCUAUAUAUAACGUUUAUCAGUACAUUGGUAUAUUGGAAUUGCUUAAUGUUACAAUUGAACAAAAAAUUCACUCAUU